CGGGUAUCAGAGGACCAUCACUAGCUGCUGUCUUGGAACGAGACGCUUCAGGAACCAUAGAUUUUCAAAGCUAGUUGCACCCGGACACAAUAAAACAACGCACUAUGGAUUCUAGUGUGGAAAACAACGUGAAGACCGUCAGAAGGAGCAAAGAGGAGAAGAAAGUUCUCAGAAAACAGCUAAAAGCCAGUCACACUUUAUUGAAACAUGAAGGAAUCAGUACAGCAGCACAGCCCACCAAGAGUUUGGUGGUGGCCAAUGGCGGUCUGGGCAACGGUGUUAGUCGAGAGGGACUUUCUGCAGCUCUGAAGGAGAUGGGAGAGGUGGAGACUCUGGUCAUGCCUCCUCACAAACCUUACGCUUUCGUCACGUACAGAUCUGAGGAGAGUGCUCGAAAUGCUCACGUCCACCUGAAUGGACAGAUGCUUCAAUGUGGAGAGAACAGUGUCACACUCUACCUCAGUUAUGUGGAAUCAGUAACACAUGAAGAGGAGACAUCUGUCCCUUUGCCAGAGGGAUUAGCCUUGGUGGAGGAUUUCGUGUCUCCAGAGGAAGAAGCUGUGCUGCUCAGUGCUAUAGAUUGGUCGUCCACUAAUGAUGACAUCACUGCUCAAAAAGCUCUCAAGCACAGAAGAGUGAAACAUUAUGGUUUUGAAUUUCGCUAUGACAACAACAACGUGGAUAAGGACAAGCCGCUACCUGCAGGUCUUCCUGACGAGUGUUUACCUGUGCUGGAGCGGUGUGUAAGCAACGGACACAUCAGCAUGAUGCCAGACCAGCUGACUGUAAACCAGUAUGAGUCUGGACAGGGCAUUCCUCCUCAUGUGGACACUCAUUCAGCCUUUGAGGACACCAUCCUGUCACUGAGCCUGGGGGCAAAGACGGUGAUGGACUUCUGUCACCCUGAUGGUCGUGUCAUUGCCGUGGUGUUGCCGGGACGGAGCCUCCUGCUGAUGAAGGGAGAGAGCAGAUACCUUUGGACACAUGGAAUUACUCCUCGAAAGUUUGACAUGGUGCCUGCCUGUGACCCACCAUCCCCUGCUGGUUCAAGGCCUGACCUCGGGACCCAAAGCGGUCUCACUCUGAGCAAGAGGGGCACCCGCACUUCGUUCACUUUCCGCAAGAUCAGACAUGAACCCUGCCGCUGUGCCUUCCCGUCUGCCUGUGACAGUCAGGGAGCUCCCUCAACACCUUCGCUCUCUCUGCCGCCAUCUCCCCCGACGCUUCCCUGUUGCCGUGCCGACGCAGCCCGCCUGGAGGAGGAGUACGUGCACCGGGUCUACGACGCCAUCGCCUCCCACUUCAGCAACACUCGCCACUCCCCCUGGCCUCACGUUUGCCACUUCCUGACCUCGCUCCCACCCCGCAGUGUGCUGGCCGACGUGGGCUGUGGGAACGGAAAAUACCUGGGAGUCAACCCAGACGUGAUUGCAGUGGGAUGUGAUCGUAGCAGUGCUCUCAUCCAGAUCUGUGCAGAAAGAGGUUUCCACGCAUUUGUGUCUGAUGCUCUUAGUGUCCCUCUGCGAACAGCAUCCUGUGACGCCUGCAUCUCUAUAGCUGUCGUACACCACUUUUCCACACAGGAGCGUCGGCUGGCAGCAGUGAGGGAGCUGGUGAGACUUCUGAAGCCUGGAGGUCGGGCGCUCAUCUACGUUUGGGCUUUUGAACAAGAGUACAACAAACAGAAGUCCAAAUACCUCAAAGAGAACAACAAAGAGCAUCAUGGCAAUCACAUCCCCUCUAAAAACACAUCAGAGGACAGUCAGGAACCUCAUGGGAAAUCAAGCAUCCAGAUCAGUAGCCAUUUAGAAGAUAGCUGCAGGCCGCACGACAGCAUGACGGAUGUUAGCAGAGUGACUGAUGGGAAGCUUAGUGUGCACACCAACCGCACAGCCUUUAACACCCAGGACCUGUUGGUUCCCUGGCAUCUGAAGGAGGGGAAGAAACGAGGGGACGAGGAAUCAGGAGACAGCGGCAAGAAGGACAAAAGAAAGGAGAAGCCUAAGAAGACGUCAAAUAACUGUUGUUCGGUCUCUAGCUUGAGUCCAAAAGCUGACCCCAGUCCAGGGUUUGAGCCUUCUGGAUCAAGACUUGACACCAGUGAUGCUGCUCACAUCCCAGACUCUAAACCCAGUCCAAGUGGCAACACCACUCAGACUUCCAGUUCUACUGUAAAAUCAGAGUUGGAGAGCAGCCCGGCGCCUGUCUUUCAUCGCUAUUAUCACGUUUUCCAGCAGGGGGAGCUGGAGCAGCUGUGUGCUCAGGUGAAUGGAGUCAAAGUGCAGAGCAGCUACCACGACCAGGGCAACUGGUGUGUUAUAUUACAGAAGGAUGGUUUAUAGUCAUGUUGUUGCUAGUACAUGUUUGGAGAAUUCUGUCACAAACCAUGACAGUUUAGUUUAAAAAACAAAACAACAUUUAAAAGAUGCUGUGCUUGUUUAAAUGCGGUUUAACCCCCUGGAGGGAUUGAGAGGCUAUUGUUUUAAAAAAAAAAAAGAAGAAAGAAAAUGAUAACAUUAAGAAAAUGAUAACAUUUAUCAGAGCCAGAAACUGCAAAAUCAGAAACUAGAAUUAGAUGUGAAACUUACCGUUAGUUCUUGGCCUGAUCAUCUGUUAUGUGCCGUUGCAUCAGGAAAAUUCUGUAAAUCUAAGCUCAGACUUUUAACAUUUCAUCAAAAUCGCAUUUUCUGACAUGUCCUUUUUAAACAUUUGCCAAAAAUAAAUUAUUUGUAGUAACCAGAUUCUGUAAAAACCUAAAUUGGCUAUGACCACCAGUCAUGUGGCAAAAAAUCUGGGACUUUUCAGCUGAACUAGGCUGAACUGCAGGCUGUUUGCACAGAGCAGAUAGGAGACAAUUGUGGAAACGAAAUAAAAAUGUAAAAAGUAAAAUAUCUAAUGUAUGAAAAGUCACCAAUUGUGAAAUAUUGGUAACACCUGGGGGAAAAUGUACCUGUUGAUUAUUUUUUUUAAUUUAACAAAAACUCUAAUUAGUGUGAAAAAAAAAAAAAAAGACAGGCCCACAGUGAGUAAAAAUUUUACAGGAUCCAAAAAUGCCCAGAUGCUACUAGAGAUUAAGCACCAUGAAAUCAAUAAAAACAUUUUACAAAUCUUUGAUUGUUGCACUUACUUCUUGUAAAAUGCUUUGACAUUGAGUUUUGUUAUAUAGCUUAGAAAAAAAAAACAUUGACUCCUGCUAAUGUUUGACAUGUUUCCCGGUGAGAAGGAUGUUGAUGAGCAGCAGCUUAAAGCAUACUUUGGCUACUUCUUUGUAAUCCAGUGGCUUUUUAACAUUCCUCACAGUGUGUGGUCUGUACAGUAGAUCACCUACAAGAUUUUUCAUCUCACUGCUUUGCUUCUUGGCUUGUCUUUUGCUCAUUGUCUGCUGUGAAACCACCGAGCUGUAACUAAGCUGUGUAUAAACUGCCUGUGCUCAACCUUUUCAACUUAAAGGUGGCGUUUGAAGCUGUGGGAGAUUUGUAUAUUUUCUCCUCGUUUUUAAAACAUGUUUGACAGAGGAAGUACUUCAUGGUCAUUGUCUAAACCAGGGGAGUCAAGCUCAUUUUAGUUCAGGGGCCACAUUCAGUCCAAUAUGAUCUCAAGUGGGCCAAACCAGUAAAGUCACAGCAUAAUAACCUAUAAAUAAAGACAGCUCCAAAUUUUUCCUUUGUUUUAGUGUGAAAUUUCUUGAGAAAAAUAAGUUCAAUUUCAGCAAUAUUAUGCUUCUGUUUAUCAUUUACACAACUUCCAGAUCAGAGUGUGUCUACAACGUCACAAAUCAUUUAGUCACAGGUAGCUGGAACUGAAUAAUAUAAUAUUUUAUUUUACGAUCAAAACGACGAAAGUCAGACAAAAGACAAAAAUCAACAAAAACAAGACAAUAUUACAAAAAUGAGACACAAAAUGACAAAAAAAUUAGCUAAAUGACAUGAAACAAAACAAAAAGACAAGAAAUUACAAAAAUUCCACAAGACAAAAAAUGACAAAAGCUAUAAAACGACAAAAAAGACAACACAAGCAAGACAAAAAAACCCCACAGAUGAUACACAAAACAACGAAAAAAACAAAAUGACAAAAAUAAGACAAAAAACACAAGCGAGACAAAAAGGAAACACAAAACGACAAAAAACAAUGACUAAAACAUGAGACAAAUGACAAAAGUCAGUCAAAAAACAACACAAAAUAUUACAAAAUGAGACACAAAAGAACAAUGAGCAAUCUAGUAUUUUACUUUAUGAUCAAAACAACUUGUCAUGGUCCAGAAAUUAUUUGAAAUUUAUAGUUUUACAAAUUUACAAUUUGCAGUUAAUGUCUGCUCUGUAAUUUUUACACUUUACAAAGUCGUCCUGCGGGCGGUUUUUGGGCCGCAGGCCGCAUGUUUGACACCCCUGGUCUAAACCAUGUGUUUGCACAGAGAUCAAUGAAUUGAAACGGAAUGUUAGUUUGUUAAUUAGUGUAUAGUCACAGUGAUUUAUGACUUAAUAACCACUGUUUCUUACACACAUACUCACAGUGUUAUUAUUUAUAGGAUGUGUUUUGCCAGACAGCUAAAAGACAGAAUGAACUGCAGGAUAAUAGGAUAUUGAUGUGGGAGGAGUGGAGCGGGGUUAUUUAUUGUGGCCCUUUGGUGGCAGGUUGGUAAUUGGUCAGCGGCUCCUGGUAAAAUUACCCCUGUGGCUUCUCAAUCCUCUGAGACCCGCUGAGGCAAACACAUUACGACGCUGAGGCGGGGACGGUUUGGUGGCUUUUACUGACAGUGGCUUAUUCAUUAGAGUGAAGACGACUGCUUGUGUGUGAGAGAGAAAGCAAAAGACAGAUUUGAGUGUUGUUGUUGUUGAGUCUGUCAGCAGAUUCUCACUUGACAUUUGGAGGGAUUAUUGAAAUGUAAAGGUAUCCCUCCCCCAGGUGUAGUACAUUGAUUCGGCAGUCUGUAAGACAUUUUAAAUCAGCUCACAGGAGUCAAGAGACAUAAAGUCAAACACACUUCCCCGAUUGAUUGGUGAUAUGUGUGAUUAUGUAGCAUUGAGAAGUAAGUAACUCCAGGGAGACACAAAUGAAGAAAUAAAUUUAUAUAUGACUAAAAGUAUUUGUCUCUCCCUGCCUUUUUACUUUUAUGUACUUUUGGUCUCCAUGGAGCUUAAUUUUUGUGAAUUUUGCCAGGUCCAGCCGUAGGGAAACUUAAUUCUACAGCUUCUAGUUAUAUUUUAGACAAAAGUAUGCUGUCUAGUUUGUGGCAGGAGUUUGUUUCACCAUUACACAACCUGCAAGCACAAAACAGGCUUGAUAAAAAUGUGUUUUUUGAGUUUAGCGUGUAUGAAUUUGACUGGCCUGCAAAAGACCCUGACCUCAGCCCCACCCAGCACCUGACACAGAAUCCCAAGUGUGAUCCAGGACUCACCGGCUGGCAUCAAUGCUCAUUAAUGCACAUGGAGUCUUACAUGGUUUUGUUUUAUUAUUUCACCUCUUUUGAUGGGUUUUGAUCUAUUGUUGGUCUUGAAGACUGAACUGUUAUCGGCUGCUCCUGCUGAGAAUUCUCCCACUUUCUAUUUGAAGUUUUAUUCAGGUUUUUUGAAUGUCUGCUCAAUGAUAUAAUGUUAUCUUGUGUUUUACACAUUAUAAUACUCUUUUAGGCAAUUGUGUGAUUACUGGCUAUAAAAAUGAUGUGACAAAUAGAUGUAUUAUCCUCACAAAAUAUCCUAAUGCCUUUACUCGAUAACAUCUGCACAAGCUACAGUCUAAACUAACAUGCAUUUAAAUAAGGGAAGCAGUUUAGAGAAAAACCAAUGAGUGUUUAACUAUUAUGUGCAGUUUUAUAUGUGUGCGUGUGUGUAAAGGGGCAUGCUUAAAGUAAACCUAAGGUUCAGGGCAAAUUUAACUGAUUCUAAUGAUACAGAAAUAAAUACAGUUAUUAACAAUAGAUACAGUUACUGACAUUGUACAUACAUGAGGUAGGUCAGCGAUAGUGUCAUGGACCAGAGAAUAAUGUUAUUAGAAUAAAAAAUAUUACCUGGUAUAGCAUGCAGUAAAUAUAGUAGUUUCAGGGUUAGGGAUUUAAAGAUAAUUGUUCUUGUCAUUUUAGAUGGAUUUAAUUGUUUGUUAUUGACGGCCUCUGGAACGGAACUAUUUUUGCGUCUGGUUGUUUGCUCUGGUAGGUGCACCUAUCCUGUUUCCAGCAGAAUUGAAUUAAGGUGGAAUGAUUCACUUAGAUUUCGUGGGGAAAAUGGGGGACAUAACCCCAUUAUAUUACCCAUUCAUAUUUUGAACACAUGCAUAUUCCUCCUCAAUAAAACACUGAAGAGAG